AUGGCACACCAGCCAGCGUCAUUUGGAUUCGAAGAGCGGUCUAGGAAGGCCCAUGACAACUCGCAGUCGCAGCAAGGAGCUGUCGUGACGCGAGGGACGGGACAGGACUUCCAUCAACGAGGACAGAAGCCUUCAGCAGGCAAGCCCGUUUGCCGUUCUCGAUACGGGAGAAUCGAAGCACGAGAGUCCACGACACGCAAGCCUCAGAAGGCCAGCCGUUUGUCAGAGCGAGAGAAACUGAUACAGGAAGAAUCCAGACGCGGACGGAACAUAGAUUCGGAUAAGUUGACCGAGUACGGUCGGUGGUUUCCCGAUAUUCUAAGUGAGGACUUUGGAUUGCGUCUGGUUUUCUAUCCGUUUAAUUACUCUGGCCGGGAGGUGCGGGAGAAAAAUCGUUUUUUCGUUAAUUUGACCUCGACCGAUUCGGGUGCUCUUCACGAUUCGACUAGUUUCAUGCUUCUGUCGGAGGCGUCUGUGGCGGACGUGAAUUCAAGGUUGGAGAAACCGGUGACGGCUUUUCAAUACCGGCCAAACUUUGUUGUGAAAGGACCGGCCGCAUACGAGGAGGACAAUUGGAAGUGGAUUAAGAUAGGCGAAACGAUCUAUCGGAAUCUGAAGCCGUGUACGAGGUGCAUCUUCAUCAACGUGGAUCCGGAAACUGGAAUACCCAGCACAAACUCGGAACCACUAAAGACGCUCAAAACGUACCGUCGACAACCGGGCCUUGGCGAUGAUCCAGUUCGGCAGCUACACACAACCACGACAGCCUCAGUGGAGAUCGACCGCGGUCUCUGA